UCCUCCUCGUCUACAGACAAACACACACUCGAUCUAAAUUAAAAGGGAAAGAGAACGAGGACUCGUUUAGUUAAAAGCUUUUCUCGGUCCGGAUCAGACUGAACUGAUUUCUCUUCUGCUUCCUGUCCGAACUCGAGCCAUGUUCUCCCGCUACGUGCUGGUGAUCGUCUCUCUGGUGGAUCUCCUGUCGGACUUCAGAGUGUCCUGCUGUGAUUACAACUGUGCAAACAGAACCGUGUUCAGUCCGUCCAGACUGGUGGUGAGGCACGGUGACCCGACCUCUGCCACCUGCUCCCUGUGCCCGUCGUGCCCAGAUGACAUUUUCGAUGUGGAAAAAUCGGUUGGAUCCAACGUGAAAAAUGGAAAAACGAUCACAUGGACGGUUGAAAAAAUGAUGGAGUGGAAAACGACUCCAAAGUGUUUUUAUACUACCAAAACUAAUAUCCAGUGUUGCACUCCGCUGAACGUUAUGGUGUACAAGACUCCAGACCUGGUCUCCAUCAGCUUUUUGAAUCACUCCGGGCCGUUGUUCGAGUCCCGUAACUACACUCUGCAGUGCGAGGUGCAGAACGUGGCUCCGAUAAGAAGUGUCCACGUGACCUUCUUCAGAGGUCAGACAGAACUGGGCCAGAAACGGCCCUUGAGUAAACCACAGGAGAAACCAGUGACUGAGGUCUUCUCUCUGAGCAUCUCCACCACUGAAGAAGAUGAUGGAGCUCAGUACUGGUGUCAAGUCAAGCUGGAGCUGGGACCUGAUGGACCACAGACCCCUCCGAUGGUUGCGUCAAAACACGUGAUCGCUACUGUCCACUAUAAACCCAAGCAGCUGGUGCCAUCACCUCCAGAUGUGAUCACCCUCACACAAGGAGAUCUUCUGGAACUGGACUGCACGGCCGUGGGGAACCCCAGCCCCUCGUACACCUGGACAUCCCUGGCGGAAGGCGUCCCCCCGUCCAACAGCAGCAUCCUCACCAUCCAGUCUGUGGCUUCUGGGCACGAGGGGCUGUACACCUGCUCUGUCAGCAACGACAUGGGCACAAACACUGUGAUGUUCAGGGUGCAUGUCAAACCCUACAUCCUCCCGUACAUAGUAGUUGCUGCUGUCGUGGUUAUCGCCUGCUUGAUGGGAGGAGCCUUCUUUCUCUACAAACGAAGCAAACAACACAAGGCCGUACCCACUGCAGAGAUGUAGAGUGAGUCCGUGGGAAGAUGCGACAAGUGUGUGGAGAAGUUGUGUUGUGACACGCUGCAGAGUUGGUGUCGGACUCGUGGCCUGAGUGUCAUCUCUCUCUCGCUGUCAUUUCCUGUCGUCUCUCUACUGACCACAUAAAAUGGCCCAAAUGAGUUCAGUCUCAACUUGUUUGAGUGUCUGUAUCUCAAGUUUAACACAUCCUCAGGGUUUAACUUUGGUUUUAGGCCAAUUUAUACAUUUCAUUUGACAGACGAAACCACAUUGUUGGACAAAAUUUUGAAAAAUGAUUCACAUAUUCUUUCACAGUGAAGUUCCCAAAUGUAUUUCUAUGACUUGUUAAAGUUAAGUUGAACUCUAAACUAUAUUUUUUGAGUUACCCAAGGAAGUAUAUAUUUUUUUUGGUGAAAGAAAGAUCAUUUCUCUCUUUUUCUGUUUUCAGUGAAUGUACAGAUAGUGUGUCGUUAAAAAUCCUGUGUAAAUGUGAAGCUAAUAAAGUAUUUGGUGGCUAAA